UUCAUUUCUCCCGCGCGAAAUCCGGCCGGACGGCUCCACUCCCUCCCUCUGCUGCAGGGGGGAGCCCGGCACCCCCCUACUGGUAGCCGCCCCAGGCCGCGCCCAUCUGCAGCCCCCCUCUCGCGCCGCCAGCGAAGCGAAGGUCCCUGGUCGCGAAGUUUGGAUCUGGGGCCGAAGCCUCGCGGCCCUGGGCGGCGGCGCCAACCGGGCGGCGCCGCGCGCUCCCCCCUGUCCCGGCGCCGAGUGCGCCCCUCCCCGGGCGGCCGGAGCUUCGGGCGCUGCGCGGCCGCGGGCGUUCGCCGUGCGCUGGCCAGCGGGGAGGCAGGCUCCCGGGCGGCGUGCGCGGAGGAAGCUGGAGCCCGGGUGGAAGCAUGGAGCUGGCGACUCGCUCUCAGAUCCCUAAAGAAGUGGCUGACAUCUUCAACGCCCCUAGUGACGAUGAAGACUUUGUCGGCUUCCGAGAGGACGUUCCCAUGGAAACCCUCUCCUCGGAGGAGAGCUGCGAUAGUUUUGACUCGCUGGAGUCGGGGAAACAGCAGGAUGUGCGCUUCCGUUCCAAGUACUUCACAGAAGAGCUGAGAAGAAUUUUUAUAGAGGACACCGACUCGGAGGACUUUGAGGGAUUUACACAGAGCGACCUGAGUGUAAACAGUAGCCCAGAGGGAAAGCUCGAGGGGUCCGAUGUGAGCGAGGAUGGGAGUGAGGCCUCCGUGAGUGAGGAGGAGGGAGGUGACGAAGAAGAAGAGGCCACGCCCAGGAGAAGGCGGCCCAGGAGAAGCAGCAUCGGUCUCCGCGUAGCCUUGCAGUUCCCCAAGAAACUGGCCAAAACAGCCGGCAAGAACUCUCCUGAGCCGCUGUUUUCCAGCUCUUGCUCACAGGACAAUGCAAAAGCCAUUCUCCGGAGAAAGAAAAGCUGCAGACAAGGGAAGGAAAGGGAAGAUUCGGCCUCCGAGCCCGAGGAUGACUCCAGGGACGAGGAGGGCCAGGAGAGCUCGGACCCGCUGCUGAAAAGGACCAUGAACAUCAAGGAGAACAAGGCCAUGCUUGCUCAGCUACUGGCGGAAUUGAACUCCGUGCCCGACUUCUUCCCGGUACGAACCCCGAGCUCGGCUUCCAAGAAGAAAACGGUGAGGCGGGCCUUCUCGGAGGGGCAGAUCCCCAGGCGCACGAACCCCACCCGGAGCGCACGGCCGCCUGACAAGUUCGCCCUGGAGAAGUUCACCGUCUCCGCCGCCCAGUUUGCAGAGGAGUUUUACCGCUUCAGGAGGAGGAAGACCAUCAGUGGGGGGCGGUGCCAGGGGUACCGGCGGCGGCACCGGGUGUCCUCCUUUCGGCCCGUGGAGGACAUCACUGAAGAGGACUUGGAAAAUGUCGCCAUAACUGUCCGAGAUAAAAUCUAUGAUAAAGUUCUGGGUAACACGUGCCAUCAGUGUCGGCAGAAGACCAUCGACACCAAGACGGUGUGUCGGAACCAGAGCUGCGGCGGCGUGCGGGGGCAGUUUUGUGGGCCGUGCCUGCGGAAUCGCUACGGGGAGGACGUGAGGUCGGCGCUGCUGGACCCGGGCUGGAUGUGCCCUCCCUGCCGGGGGAUCUGCAAUUGCAGUUACUGUCGGAAGCGCGACGGCCGCUGUGCCACAGGGAUCCUCAUUCAUCUGGCCAAGUUUUACGGUUACAACAACGUCAAGGAGUAUCUGGAGAGCUUACAGAAGCAGCUGGUAGAAGACAAUUAGGAGGAAGAACCACCAGCCAGCUCACCUUUGUGUUUUCCAGCAAGACAUGCCCUACGUACCAUUUGUGCCUACGAUUUCUUACCGUUGCGUUUUUAUAAAGAAAUUCUUUGUAGAUCUAAA